AUGGGUGCCCCGAGCGGGUGCCCAGCGCUGCUGUGGGCCCUCGUGGCCCUGCUCUCGGCGGGCACGGCAGAGACCCAGGACCGCGAGCUGCAGAGCUGGACAAGUCAGCAGCCGGAGAUGACUGCCCGGCACCUGACCUUCAUCCCGCCCAUCACUGUCUUCCCCACCAUGAGCCCCGUGAAUGCGGCCCACGGCGGGCGGGUGUGCAGCACGUGGGGCGACUUCCACUACAAGACCUUCGACGGCGACGUCUUCCGCUUCCCCGGGCUGUGCAACUACGUCUUCUCCGCGCACUGCGGCUCGGCCUACGAGGACUUCAACCUGCAGCUCCGCCGCGGCCUGCUGGGCUCCAGGCCCACCAUCACCCACAUCGUCCUCAGAUCUCAGGGGCUCGUGCUGGAGGUCUCCAACGGCUCGGUCCUCAUCAACGGGUGGCGGGAGGAGCUGCCCUACAGCCGCGCGGGGCUCCUGGUGGAGCGGAGCAGCGCCUACGUCAGGAUCAACAUCCGGCUGAUGCUGACCUUCAUGUGGAACGGAGAAGACAGCGCCCUGCUGGAGCUGGACCCCAAGUACGGCAACCAGACCUGUGGCCUGUGCGGCGACUUCAACGGGCUCCGGGCCGUCAGCGAGUUCUACACCCACAACGCCAGGCUGAGCCCACUACAGUUUGGGAACCUGCAGAAACUGGAUGGGCCCACGGAGCAGUGCCAGGACCCUCUGCCCUCUCCCGCUGCUGACAACUGCACAGAUGAGGGCGGGUCCCACAUCUCCACCUACGACGAGAAACUCUACGACGUACACGGGGACUGCAGUUACGUCCUCACCAAGGUAUGUGCGGACAGCACGCUCACCGUGCUGGCCGACCUGCGGAAGUGUGGCCUGACGGACAACGAGAACUGCCUCAAAACAGUGACACUGAGCUUGAACGGAGGGGACACGACCGUCCAGAUCCAGGCCAACGGCGGGGUGUUCGUGAACUCCAUCUACACCCAGCUGCCCGUGUCUGUGGCGGACAUCACGGUCUUCAGGCCAUCGUCCUUCUUCAUCCUGGUGCAGACGGGCCCCUGGCUGCAGCUGCAGGUGCAGCUGACGCCCCUCAUGCAGGUGUUCCUCCGGCUGGACCCCGCCUACCGCGGCCGGAUGUGCGGCCUGUGUGGGAACUUCAACCAGAACCAGGCUGACGAUUUCCGGACCGUCGGCGGUGUGGUGGAGGCCACAGCCGCAGCCUUUGCCAACACCUGGAAGACCCAGGCCGCCUGCCCCAACGUCAAGAACAGCUUCGAGGACCCCUGCUCCCUCAGCGUGGAGAACGAGAACUACGCCCUGCACUGGUGCUCCCUGCUGACCCGCCCUGCCGGGCCCUUCUCACCCUGCCACUCCGUCGUCAGCCCUGGGCCCUUCCACUCGAACUGCCUGUUUGACACCUGCAACUGUGAGAAGAGUGAGGACUGCAUGUGUGCAGCCCUGUCCUCCUACGUCUGGGCCUGCGCUGCCCGCGGUGUGCUGCUCCGCGGCUGGCGGGACGGCGUGUGCACCAAGUACGCGAGCAGCUGCCCGAAGACCCAGAGCUACGCCCACGUGGUGGACAGCUGCCAGCCCACCUGCCGCUCCCUGAGCCAGCCCGACGUCUCCUGCGACGUGGCCUUCGUGCCCGUUGACGGCUGCGUCUGCCCCCAGGGCACCUUCCUGGACGACGCGGGCGACUGCGUCCCCGCCGAGGCCUGUCCCUGCUACUUGGGCGGCACGGUGGUGGCUCCCGGGGAGGUCGUUCACGACAACGGCGUGGUGUGUUCGUGUGUGAGCGGGAGGCUGAGCUGUCUGGGGGCCACGGAGCAGAGCACAGGGUGCGUGGCCCCUAUGGUGUUCCUUGACUGCAGCAACACCUCCGCGGAUGCACCGGGGGCCGAGUGCGUGCGAAGCUGCCACACCCUGGACGUGGACUGUUUCAGCACUCACUGCGUGUCGGGCUGUGUCUGCCCCGUGGGGCUGCUGUCCGACGGGAGCGGAGGCUGCGUGGCCAAGGAGGACUGCCCUUGUAUGCACAACGAGGCUGCCUACAAGCCCGGGGAGGUCAUCAAGGUCGACUGUAACACCUGCACCUGCAGGGGCCGCAGGUGGGAGUGCAGCGACCGGCCCUGCCUGGGCACCUGUGUGGCCUAUGGGGACGGCCACUUCCUCACCUUCGACGGCGAGCGCUACGGCUUCGAGGGGAGCUGCGAGUACACGCUGGCCCAGGACUACUGUGGGGGCGGUGACACCGCCAACGGGACCUUCCGCAUCGUCACUGAGAACGUGCCCUGCGGGACUACGGGCGUCACCUGCUCCAAGGCCAUCAAGAUCUUCCUGGGGAGCUACGAGCUGAUCCUGCACGAGGGCACCCACAGGGUGCUGCAGAGGGGGCCGGGUGGAGACCUGCCCUACAGGGUCCGGUACAUGGGCGUCUACCUGACUGUGGAGACCCACAGCGGCGUGGUUGUGUCCUGGGACCGGAAGACCAGCGUGAUCAUCCGGCUGCGCCAUGAAUACAAGGGGAGGGUCUGCGGGCUGUGCGGGAACUUCGACGACAACGCCCUCAACGACUUCACCACGCGGAGCCAGUCUGUGGUGGGCGACGUGCUGGAGUUUGGCAACAGCUGGAAAUUCUCCCCGUCGUGCCCGGACGCUCUGGCCCCCAGGGACCCCUGCACCGCCAACCCGUAUCGAAGGUCGUGGGCCCAGAAGCAGUGCAGCAUCAUCAACAGUGCCACCUUCAGCGCCUGCCAUUCUCAGGUCGACUCCACCAGGUACCACGAGGCCUGCGUGAGCGACGCCUGCGCCUGCGACUCGGGGGCUGACUGCGAGUGCUUUUGCACGGCCGUGGCCGCCUAUGCCCAGGCCUGCCACGAAGCGGGCGUGUGCGUGUCCUGGCGGACCCCGGACGUCUGCCCUCUGUUCUGCGACUACUACAACCCGCACGGGGAGUGCGAGUGGCAUUACCAGCCCUGCGGGGCCCCCUGUCUGAAGACCUGCCGGAACCCCAGUGGGCUUUGCCUGAUGGACCUGCCAGGCCUGGAAGGCUGCUACCCGGAGUGCCCGCCCAGCAAGCCGCUCUUCAACGAGGACCGGAUGGAGUGUGUGGCACAGUGCAGCGGCUGCUACGACAGAGAUGGGAACUACUAUGAUGUUGGCACGAGGGUUCCCACCACGGAGAACUGUCAGAGCUGCGCCUGCACCUCCAGCGGCCUCCAGUGCACUCACAGCCCCGAGGCCUGUACGUGCACCUAUGAGGGCAGGACCUAUGCCUAUGGGGACGUCAUCUACAACACGACAGACGGGCUGGGCGCCUGCCUGAUCGCCAUCUGCAGAGACAACGGGACCAUCGUCCGGAGGGCCAUGGAGUGUCCCGGAACCCCGUCUACAACGCCCUUCACCUUCACCAGCACCGCAGCUCUGCCCUCCACCACAGGCUUGGCCCCCACCCCCUCCACUGUGUGUGUGCGGAAGGUCUGCCACUGGUCCGACUGGUAUGACGGAAGCCAUCCAGAGCCAGGCAUGAGCGGGGGAGACUUUGAAACAUUCGAGAACCUGAGGCAGAGGGGUUACCAGGUCUGCCUGGCCCCCGUGGACAUUGAGUGCCAGGCACAGCUAUUCCCAGGCAUGCCCCUGGAGAAGCUGGGCCAGAAGGUGGAGUGUAGCCAGGACAAGGGCUUGACUUGCCUCAACAGCGAGCAGAGCCCCGCCCUCUGUCACAACUACAAGCUGAGGGUCCUCUGCUGCGACUAUGUGCCCUGUGGCACCAGCCAGCCUCCAUCCUCCCAGACCACGCCCACCAGACCACCCACCCACCCAACCACGGCAGUGCUCACCUCCCAGACCGCAACCACCAAGCUGACCACAACCACGACCCCAGAGGGCAGCAGCUCUGUGUUCCCGGCCACCACCACCUGUGAGCCUCGCUGUCAAUGGACAGAGUGGUUCGACGUGGACUAUCCCAAGUACGAGGAGGGCGGGGGCGACUUUGAGACCUAUGAGAAGGUCAGGGCUGCGGGAGGGGCUGUGUGCGAGCAGCCCCAGGAGAUAAAAUGUGAGGCUGAGAACUACCCGGGCCUGCCACUGGAGCAGGUGGGCCAGCGAGUGCACUGUGACGUCCGCUUCGGCCUGGUGUGCAGGAACGAGGAGCAACCGGGCCUGUUCAAGAUGUGCGUCAACUACAGGAUGCGUGUGCUGUGCUGUAGCAGCCGCUGCACGCCGCCCACGGCCACCACGUCCCCCACGGCCACGGCCACUGCCUCCACAGCUACAGUGCCCAUGUCCACCACUGCCACAGUGCCCACGGCAACCACCACCACCACUGCCACAGUGCCCACGUCCACCACGGCCACAGUGCCCACGGCAACCACAGCCACAGUGCCCAGGUCCACCACCACCACUGCCACAGUGCCCACGUCCAAUACAGUGCCCAUGUCCACCACUGCCACAGUGCCCAGGUCCACCACCACCACUGCCACAGUGCCCACGUCCACCACUGCCACAGUGCCCACGGCAACCACCACCACUGCUACAGUGCCCAUGUCCACCACUGCCACAGUGCCCACGGCAACCAUGCCCACGUCCACCACUGCCACAGUGCCCAGGUCCACCACCACAGCUACAGUGCCCACGUCCACCACUGCCACAGUGCCCACGGCAACCACCGCUACAGCUACAGUGCCCACGUCCACCACUACCACAGGGCCCAUGGCAACCACAGCUACAGUGUCCAUGGCAACCACCACCACUGCCACACACCCCAGGACCAGCACCCCAGUGCCCGCUACGGCCACCACCGGGCCCACCACCAGCCAGGCCAUGACCAGCUGUCAACCCAAGUGCACGUGGACAGAGUGGUUCGACGUGGACUACCCCAAGUACGAGGAGGGCGGGGGCGACUUUGAGACCUAUGAGAAGGUCAGGGCUGCGGGAGGGGCUGUGUGCGAGCAGCCCCAGGAGGUAAAAUGUGAGGCUGAGAACUACCCGGGCCUGCCACUGGAGCAGGUGGGCCAGCGAGUGCACUGUGACGUCCGCUUCGGCCUGGUGUGCAGGAACGAGGAGCAACCGGGCCUGUUCAAGAUGUGCGUCAACUACAGGAUGCGUGUGCUGUGCUGUAGCAGCCGCUGCACGCCGCCCACGGCCACCACGUCCCCCACGGCCACGGCCACUGCCUCCACAGCUACAGUGCCCACGUCCACCACUGCCACAGUGCCCAGGUCCACCACCACCACCACUGCCACAGUGCCCACGUCCACCACUGCCACAGUGCCCACGGCAACCACCGCUACAGCUACAGUGCCCACGUCCACCACUGCCACAGUGCCCACGGCAACCAGCGCCACAGUGCCCACGGCAACCACCGGCACAGUGCCCACGUCCACCACCACCACUGCUACAGUGCCCACGGCAACCAGCGCCACUGCCACAGUGCCCACGGCAACCACCGCCACAGUGCCCACGUCCACCACCACCACAGUGCCCAGGUCCACCACCACCACUGCUACAGUGCCCACGGCAACCACCACUGCUACAGUGCCCACGGCAACCACUGCCACAGUGCCCACAGCAACCACCGCCACAGUGCCCACAUCCACUACAGUGCCCACGUCCACCACUGCCACAGUGCCCACGGCAACCAGCGCCACUGCCACAGUGCCCACGGCAACCACCGCCACAGUGCCCACGUCCACCACAGCCACAGUGCCCACGGCGAUCACAGCCACAGUGCCCAGGUCCACCACUGCCACAGUGCCCACGGCGACCACUGCUACAGUGCCCAUGGUGACCACAGCUACAGUGCCCACGGCAACCACCGCCACUGCUACAGUGCCCACGUCCACCACUGCCACAGUGCCCACGUCUACCACAGCUACAGUGCCCACAUCCACCACUGCCACAGUGCCCACAGCAACCACCUCUACAGCUACAGUGCCCACGUCCACCACUACCACAGUGCCCACGGCGACCACAGCUACAGUGCCCAUGGCAACCACCACCACUGCCACAGUGCCCACUGCAACCAGCGCCACAGCUUCAGUGCCCACGUCCACCACUGCCACAGUGCCCAUGUCCAGCACCACCACUGCCACAGCUGUGACUGCCACCACAGCGACAGUGCCCACGGCCACCCCCUCCUCUGCCACCAUCUCUACAGCUGCCACCUCCAAUGCCACAGCCCUGACUGCCGCGGUUGUCACUGCUACAGUGCCCACUGCCACCAUCUCCGCUGGCUCAGUGCCCACUGCCUCCACUGCCUCCAGCACCACCUCCACUGCUGUGCCAACACCCACACAGACCAGAACACAGACGGGGAGCACAGUGGUUCCUGGGUCCCCUGCCAGCAGUGCCACACCAGUGCCUGCCCUUUCCACGGGACUCACGACCCGAGCGACAUCCUCGAGUCCAGGCCACACAAGCACACUCCCAGCAACUCCUCAAGGACCCACAGGGUCCACCACCCUGGGGACAGCCACGUCGGGCCUCCCAACUCCAGAAACCUCACAGGGGCCCACCUCGGUGUUGGCAACGACUCAAACCUCCACAGCUGGGCUGCAGACAGAAGCACCACUGAGCACAACAGGCACCCUGUCCACCCAGCACCCCAGGACCAGCACCCCAGUGCCCGCUACGGCCACCACCGGGCCCACCACCAGCCAGGCCACGACCAGCUGUCAACCCAAGUGCACGUGGACAGAGUGGUUCGACGUGGACUACCCCAAGUACGAGGAGGGCGGGGGCGACUUUGAGACCUAUGAGAAGGUCAGGGCUGCGGGAGGGGCUGUGUGCGAGCAGCCCCAGGAGAUAAAAUGUGAGGCUGAGAACUACCCGGGCCUGCCACUGGAGCAGGUGGGCCAGCGAGUGCACUGUGACGUCCGCUUCGGCCUGGUGUGCAGGAACGAGGAGCAACCGGGCCUGUUCAAGAUGUGCGUCAACUACAGGAUGCGUGUGCUGUGCUGUAGCAGCCGCUGCACGCCGCCCACGGCCACCACGUCCCCCACGGCCACGGCCACUGCCUCCACAGCUACAGUGCCCACGUCCACCACUGCCACAGUGCCCAGGUCCACCACCACCACCACUGCCACAGUGCCCACGUCCACCACUGCCACAGUGCCCACGGCAACCACCGCUACAGCUACAGUGCCCACGUCCACCACUGCCACAGUGCCCACGGCAACCAGCGCCACAGUGCCCACGGCAACCACCGGCACAGUGCCCACGUCCACCACCACCACUGCUACAGUGCCCACGGCAACCAGCGCCACUGCCACAGUGCCCACGGCAACCACCGCCACAGUGCCCACGUCCACCACCACCACAGUGCCCAGGUCCACCACCACCACUGCUACAGUGCCCACGGCAACCACCACUGCCACAGUGCCCACGGCAACCACUGCCACAGUGCCCACAGCAACCACCGCCACAGUGCCCACAUCCACUACAGUGCCCACGUCCACCACUGCCACAGUGCCCACGGCAACCAGCGCCACUGCCACAGUGCCCACGGCAACCACCGCCACAGUGCCCACGUCCACCACAGCCACAGUGCCCACGGCGAUCACAGCCACAGUGCCCAGGUCCACCACUGCCACAGUGCCCACGGCGACCACUGCUACAGUGCCCAUGGUGACCACAGCUACAGUGCCCACGGCAACCACCGCCACUGCUACAGUGCCCACGUCCACCACUGCCACAGUGCCCACGUCUACCACAGCUACAGUGCCCACAUCCACCACUGCCACAGUGCCCACAGCAACCACCUCUACAGCUACAGUGCCCACGUCCACCACUACCACAGUGCCCAUGGCGACCACAGCUACAGCCACAGCGACAGUGCCCACAGCCACCCCCUCCUCUGCCACCAUCUCUACAGCUGCCACCUCCAAUGCCACAGCCCUGACUGCCGCGGUUGUCACUGCUACAGUGCCCACUGCCACCAUCUCCGCUGGCUCAGCGCCCACUGCCUCCACUGCCUCCAGCACCACCUCCACUGCUGUGCCAACACCCACACAGACCAGAACACAGACGGGGAGCACAGUGGUUCCUGGGUCCCCUGCCAGCAGUGCCACACCAGUGCCUGCCCUUUCCACGGGACUCACGACCCGAGCGACAUCCUCGAGUCCAGGCCACACAAGCACACUCCCAGCAACUCCUCAAGGACCCACAGGGUCCACCACCCUGGGGACAGCCACGUCGGGUCUCCCAACUCCAGAAACCUCACAGGGGCCCACCUCGGUGUUGGCAACGACUCAAACCUCCACAGCUGGGCCGCAGACAGAAGCACCACUGAGCACAACAGGCACCCUGUCCACCCAGCACCCCAGGACCAGCACCCCAGUGCCCGCUACGGCCACCACCGGGCCCACCACCAGCCAGGCCAUGACCAGCUGUCAACCCAAGUGCACGUGGACAGAGUGGUUCGACGUGGACUACCCCAAGUACGAGGAGGGCGGGGGCGACUUUGAGACCUAUGAGAAGGUCAGGGCUGCGGGAGGGGCUGUGUGCGAGCAGCCCCAGGAGAUAAAAUGUGAGGCUGAGAACUACCCGGGCCUGCCACUGGAGCAGGUGGGCCAGCGAGUGCACUGUGACGUCCGCUUCGGCCUGGUGUGCAGGAACGAGGAGCAACCGGGCCUGUUCAAGAUGUGCGUCAACUACAGGAUGCGUGUGCUGUGCUGUAGCAGCCGCUGCACGCCGCCCACGGCCACCACGUCCCCCACGGCCACGGCCACUGCCUCCACAGCUACAGUGCCCACGUCCACCACUGCCACAGUGCCCAGGUCCACCACCACCACCACUGCCACAGUGCCCACGUCCACCACUGCCACAGUGCCCACGUCCACCACUGCCACAGUGCCCACGGCAACCACCGCUACAGCUACAGUGCCCACGUCCACCACUGCCACAGUGCCCACGGCAACCAGCGCCACAGUGCCCACGGCAACCACCGGCACAGUGCCCACGUCCACCACCACCACUGCUACAGUGCCCACGGCAACCAGCGCCACUGCCACAGUGCCCACGGCAACCACCGCCACAGUGCCCACGUCCACCACCACCACAGUGCCCAGGUCCACCACCACCACUGCUACAGUGCCCACGGCAACCACCACUGCUACAGUGCCCACGGCAACCACUGCCACAGUGCCCACAGCAACCACCGCCACAGUGCCCACAUCCACUACAGUGCCCACGUCCACCACUGCCACAGUGCCCACGGCAACCAGCGCCACUGCCACAGUGCCCACGGCAACCACCGCCACAGUGCCCACGUCCACCACAGCCACAGUGCCCACGGCGAUCACAGCCACAGUGCCCAGGUCCACCACUGCCACAGUGCCCACGGCGACCACUGCUACAGUGCCCAUGGUGACCACAGCUACAGUGCCCACGGCAACCACCGCCACUGCUACAGUGCCCACGUCCACCACUGCCACAGUGCCCACGUCUACCACAGCUACAGUGCCCACAUCCACCACUGCCACAGUGCCCACAGCAACCACCUCUACAGCUACAGUGCCCACGUCCACCACUACCACAGUGCCCACGGCGACCACAGCUACAGUGCCCAUGGCAACCACCACCACUGCCACAGUGCCCACUGCAACCAGCGCCACAGCUUCAGUGCCCACGUCCACCACUGCCACAGUGCCCAUGUCCAGCACCACCACUGCCACAGUGCCCACGCCCACCACCGCCACAGUGCCCACGUCCACCACUGCCACAGUGCCCACCUCCACCACCGCCACAGUGCCCACACCCACCACCACCACAGUGCCCACGGCAACCACCGCCACGGUGCCCACGUCCACCACUGCCACUGCCACCAUCUCUACAGCUGCCACCUCCAAUGCCACAGCCCUGACUGCCGCGGUUGUCACUGCUACAGUGCCCACUGCCACCAUCUCCGCUGGCUCAGUGCCCACUGCCUCCACUGCCUCCAGCACCACCUCCACUGCUGUGCCAACACCCACACAGACCAGAACACAGACGGGGAGCACAGUGGUUCCUGGGUCCCCUGCCAGCAGUGCCACACCAGUGCCUGCCCUUUCCACGGGACUCACGACCCGAGCGACAUCCUCGAGUCCAGGCCACACAAGCACACUCCCAGCAACUCCUCAAGGACCCACAGGGUCCACCACCCUGGGGACAGCCACGUCGGGCCUCCCAACUCCAGAAACCUCACAGGGGCCCACCUCGGUGUUGGCAACGACUCAAACCUCCACAGCUGGGCUGCAGACAGAAGCACCACUGAGCACAACAGGCACCCUGUCCACCCAGCACCCCAGGACCAGCACCCCAGUGCCCGCUACGGCCACCACCGGGCCCACCACCAGCCAGGCCACGACCAGCUGUCAACCCAAGUGCACGUGGACAGAGUGGUUCGACGUGGACUACCCCAAGUACGAGGAGGGCGGGGGCGACUUUGAGACCUAUGAGAAGGUCAGGGCUGCGGGAGGGGCUGUGUGCGAGCAGCCCCAGGAGAUAAAAUGUGAGGCUGAGAACUACCCGGGCCUGCCACUGGAGCAGGUGGGCCAGCGAGUGCACUGUGACGUCCGCUUCGGCCUGGUGUGCAGGAACGAGGAGCAACCGGGCCUGUUCAAGAUGUGCGUCAACUACAGGAUGCGUGUGCUGUGCUGUAGCAGCCGCUGCACGCCGCCCACGGCCACCACGUCCCCCACGGCCACGGCCACUGCCUCCACAGCUACAGUGCCCACGUCCACCACUGCCACAGUGCCCAGGUCCACCACCACCACAACUGCCACAGUGCCCACGUCCACCACUGCCACAGUGCCCACGGCAACCACCGCUACAGCUACAGUGCCCACGUCCACCACUGCCACAGUGCCCACGGCAACCAGCGCCACAGUGCCCACGGCAACCACCGGCACAGUGCCCACGUCCACCACCACCACUGCUACAGUGCCCACGGCAACCACCGCCACAGUGCCCACGUCCACCACUGCCACAGUGCCCACGGCGACCACUGCUACAGUGCCCAUGGUGACCACAGCUACAGUGCCCACGGCAACCACCGCCACUGCUACAGUGCCCACGUCCACCACUGCCACAGUGCCCACGUCUACCACAGCUACAGUGCCCACAUCCACCACUGCCACAGUGCCCACAGCAACCACCUCUACAGCUACAGUGCCCACGUCCACCACUACCACAGUGCCCACGGCGACCACAGCUACAGUGCCCAUGGCAACCACCACCACUGCCACAGUGCCCACUGCAACCAGCGCCACAGCUUCAGUGCCCACGUCCACCACUGCCACAGUGCCCAUGUCCAGCACCACCACUGCCACAGUGCCCACGCCCACCACCGCCACAGUGCCCACGUCCACCACUGCCACAGUGCCCACCUCCACCACCGCCACAGUGCCCACACCCACCACCACCACAGUGCCCACGGCAACCACCGCCACGGUGCCCACGUCCACCACUGCCACAGUGCCGACUGCCACCACAGCGACAGUGCCCACGGCCACCCCCUCCUCUGCCACCAUCUCUACAGCUGCCACCUCCAAUGCCGCAGCCCUGACUGCCGCGGUUGUCACUGCUACAGUGCCCACUGCCACCAUCUCCGCUGGCUCAGUGCCCACUGCCUCCACUGCCUCCAGCACCACCUCCACUGCUGUGCCAACACCCACACAGACCAGAACACAGACGGGGAGCACAGUGGUUCCUGGGUCCCCUGCCAGCAGUGCCACACCAGUGCCUGCCCUUUCCACGGGACUCACGACCCGAGCGACAUCCUCGAGUCCAGGCCACACAAGCACACUCCCAGCAACUCCUCAAGGACCCACAGGGUCCACCACCCUGGGGACAGCCACGUCGGGCCUCCCAACUCCAGAAACCUCACAGGGGCCCACCUCGGUGUUGGCAACGACUCAAACCUCCACAGCUGGGCCGCAGACAGAAGCACCACUGAGCACAACAGGCACCCUGUCCACCCAGCACCCCAGGACCAGCACCCCAGUGCCCGCUACGGCCACCACCGGGCCCACCACCAGCCAGGCCACGACCAGCUGUCAACCCAAGUGCACGUGGACAGAGUGGUUCGACGUGGACUUCCCCACCUCGGGGGUCACAGGUGGCGACAUCGAGACCUAUGCCAAUAUCCGGGCUGCAGGCGGCAAGAUGUGCCAGGAUCCAGAGAAGAUCGAAUGCCGGGCAGAGAGCUACCCCGAGGUCAGCAUCGACCAGAUCGGGCAGGUACUCACCUGCAGCCUGGAGACAGGGUUGGUGUGCAGGAACGUGGACCAGAGGGGGCCUUUCACCAUGUGCUUCAACUACAACAUCCGUGUGUACUGCUGUGAUGAUGUCCGACACUGCCCCACCACAGCCUCCCCUGGCCUGCGGUCCACUUCCCUGCCCCCUGGCAGCUCCCCAGCAACAGGGCCAUCGCCUCCGACCUCCACCACAGCCUGGUCCCCGUUCUCCACCUCCAAGGCCUUGCCCACAACCCCGAAGCCGACUUGGACUGGUGCCCCCUCCACAGUCACUCUGGUGACUUCCCACAUUCUUGAGUCCACCUCUGUGACCAGCCUGCCCACCACUCACACCCACUUCCUGCCACCCACAACCUCCAAGGGCACCACACAAGUCACAGAGCUCCCCACCAGGCCCUCUGAGACCACGACCAGACCCCCAGUCACCACACUCAGCACAGGCCAGGCUACCUCCAGCACAGGGGCGGGCACCAGAACCUCCCUAUCCCCUCCGGGGCCUGAGCCCAGCAUCUCCUCACUGGGCACUACCCUGGGCUCCCCCACCACCACCACAACCUCUGUGGCCACUUUGUCCUCCCCAAAGGCCCACACCUCUGGGACCACCUUGGUCCCCACAUCCCCAGGGACUGCGUCCACCACCUGUGAGCACCAGUGUGCCUGGACAGACUGGAUGGACCAGAGCUACCCACACCCAGGGGCUGAUGGGGGGGACUUUGAGACGUAUGCUAACAUCCGGGCAGCCGGUGGGGCUGUCUGCGAGCAGCCUCUGAAGCUGGAGUGUCGGGCUGAGCAGCUGCCAGACACCCCCCUGACAGACCUGGGCCAGGUGGUACUGUGCCAGCGAGAGGUGGGCCUGGUGUGCCGGAACCAGGACCAGAGCGGCCAGAUGUGCCUCAACUACCAGAUCCGCUUACUCUGCUGUGAGAAGAGCUACUGCCCCAGCACGGCCAUCACCACCUCCACCCCAACCCCCACCAGUGAGACAGGACCCGCCUCCACAGUGACCACGGGGAGGGUCUCCACCCCCACGAGUGUGACAGGACCCUCCUCCACAGUGAUCACAAAGAGGGUCUCCACCCCCACGAGUGUUCCAGCUCCUUCCUCAGCGACCACUGAGAGGACCUCCACCCCCACAAGUAUGACAGGACUUUCCUCCACAGUGACCACCAAGGGGGUCUCCACCCCCACCAGUGUGACAGGACCCUCCUCCACAGUGACCACCAAGGGGGUCUCCACCCCCACCAGUGUGACAGGACCCUCCUCCACAGUGACCACUGAGAAGACCUCCACCCCCACCAGUGUGACAGGACCCGCCUCCACAGUGACCACUGAGAAGACCUCCACCCCCACCGGUGAGACAGGACCUGCCUCCACAGUGACCACUGAGAAGACCUCCACCCCCACCAGUGUGACAGGACCUGCCUUCACAGUGACCACUGAGAAGACCUCCACCCCCACUAGUGAGACAGGACCUGCCUCCACAGUGACCACUGAGAAGACCUCCACCCCCACCAGUGAGACAGGACCCGCCUCCACAGUGACCACGGAGAAGACCUCCACCCCCACCAGUGAGACAGGACCUGCCUCCACAGUGACCACUGAGAAGACCUCCACACCCACCAGUGUGACAGGACCCGCCUCCACAGUGACCACGGAGAGGGUCUCCACCCCCACCAGUGUGACAGGACCCUCCUCCAAGGCAACCACAGAGGGGGUCUCCACCAUCACCAGUGAGACAGGACCCUCCUCCACAGCGACCAGGGAGAGAACCUCCACCUCCACCAGUGUGACAGGACCCUCCUCCAUGGUGACCACUGAGAGUAUCUCCACCCUCACCAGUGUGACAGGACCCUCCUCCAAGGGGACCACGGAGGGGGUCUCCACCCCCACAAGUGUGACAGGACCCUCCUCCACAGUGAUCACAAAGAGGGUCUCCACCCCCACGAGUGUUCCAGCUCCUUCCUCAGCGACCACUGAGAGGACCUCCACCCCCACAAGUAUGACAGGACUCUCCUCCACAGUGACCACCAAGGGGGUCUCCACCCCCACCAGUGAGACAGGACCCGCCUCCACAGUGACCACUGAGAAGACCUCCACACCCACCAGUGAGACAGGACCCUCCUCCAUGGUGACCACUGAGAGAGUCUCCACACCGACCAGUGAGACAGGGCCCGUCUCCAUGGUGACCACCGAGAGGACCUCCACCCCCACAAGUGUGACAGGACCCUCCUCCACAGUGACCACAAAGAGGACCUCCACCCCCACCAGUGUGACAGGACCCGCCUCCACAGUGAUCACAAAGAGGGUCUCCACCCCCACGAGUGUUCCAGCUCCUUCCUCAGCGACCACUGAGAGGACCUCCACCCCCACAAGUAUGAGAGGACUUUCCUCCACAGUGACCACCAAGGGGGUCUCCACCCCCACCAGUGUGACAGGACCCUCCUCCACAGUGACCACUGAGAAGACCUCCACCCCCACCAGUGUGACAGGACCCGCCUCCACAGUGACCACGGAGAGGGUCUCCACCCCCACCAGUGAGACAGGACCCUCCUCCAAGGCAACCACAGAGGGGGUCUCCACCAUCACCAGUGAGACAGGACCCUCCUCCACAGCGACCAGGGAGAGAACCUCUACCUCCACCAGUGUGACAGGACCCUCCUCCAUGGUGACCACUGAGAGUAUCUCCACCCUCACCAGUGUGACAGGACCCUCCUCCAAGGGGACCACGGAGGGGGUCUCCACCCCCACAAGUGUGACAGGACCCUCCUCCACAGUGAUCACAAAGAGGGUCUCCACCCCCACGAGUGUUCCAGCUCCUUCCUCAGCGACCACUGAGAGGACCUCCACCCCCACAAGUAUGACAGGACUCUCCUCCACAGUGACCACCAAGGGGGUCUCCACCCCCACCAGUGAGACAGGACCCGCCUCCACAGUGACCACUGAGAAGACCUCCACACCCACCAGUGUGACAGGACCCUCCUCCAUGGUGACCACUGAGAGAGUCUCCACACCGACCAGUGAGACAGGACCCAUCUCCAUGGUGACCACCGAGAGGACCUCCACCCCCACAAGUGUGACAGGACCCUCCUCCACAGUGACCACAAAGAGGACCUCCACCCCCACCAGUGUGACAGGACCCGCCUCCACAGUGAUCACAAAGAGGGUCUCCACCCCCACGAGUGUUCCAGCUCCUUCCUCAGCGACCACUGAGAGGACCUCCACCCCCACAAGUAUGAGAGGACUUUCCUCCACAGUGACCACCAAGGGGGUCUCCACCCCCACCAGUGUGACAGGACCCUCCUCCACAGUGACCACUGAGAAGACCUCCACCCCCACCAGUGUGACAGGACCCGCCUCCACAGUGACCACGGAGAGGGUCUCCACCCCCACCAGUGAGACAGGACCCUCCUCCAAGGCAACCACAGAGGGGGUCUCCACCAUCACCAGUGUGACAGGACCCUCCUCCAUGGUGACCACUGAGAGGAUCUCCACCCUCACCAGUGUGACAGGACCCUCCUCCAAGGGGACCACGGAGGGGGUCUCCACCCCCACAAGUGUGACAGGACCCUCCUCCACAGUGAUCACAAAGAGGGUCUCCACCCCCACGAGUGUUCCAGCUCCUUCCUCAGCGACCACUGAGAGGACCUCCACCCCCACAAGUAUGACAGGACUCUCCUCCACAGUGACCACCAAGGGGGUCUCCACCCCCACCAGUGAGACAGGACCCGCCUCCACAGUGACCACUGAGAAGACCUCCACACCCACCAGUGUGACAGGACCCUCCUCCAAGGCAACCACAAAGAGGACCUCCACCCCCACCAGUGAGACAGGACCCGCCUCCACAGUGACCACGGGGAGGGUCUCCACCCCCACCAGUGUGACAGGACCCGCCUCCACAGUGACCACGGGGAGGGUCUCCACCCCCACGAGUGUGACAGGACCCGCCUCCACAGUGACCACUGAGAAGACCUCCACCCCCACCAGUGAGACAGGACCCGCCUCCACAGUGACCAGGGAGAGAACCUCCACCUCCACCAGUGAGACAGGACCCUCCUCCACAGUGACCACUGAGAGAGUCUCCACACCGACCAGUGAGACAGGACCCGUCUCCAUGGUGACCACCGAGAGGACCUCCACCCCCACAAGUGUGACAGGACCCUCCUCCACAGUGACCACGGAGAGGGUCUCCACCCCCACCAGUGUGACAGGACCCUCCUCCAAGGCAACCACAGAGGGGGUCUCCACCAUCACCAGUGAGACAGGACCCUCCUCCACAGCGACCACGAAGAGGACCUCCACCCCCACCAGUGUGACAGGAUCCUCCUCCACAGUGACCACAGAGGGGGUCUCCACCCCCACCAGUGAGACAGGACCUUCCUCCACCAUGACCACAGAGGGGGUCUCCACCCCCACGAGUGUGACAGGACCCUCCUCCACAGUGACCACGGAGGGAGCUUCCACCCCCAAUUGUGACAGGAUCCUCCUCCAUGGUGACCACAGAAGGGGUCUCCACCCCCACGAGUGUGACAGGACCCUCCUCCACAGUGAUCACAAAGAGGGUCUCCACCCCCACGAGUGUGUCAGGACCCUCCUCCGUGCGACCACCAAGAGGACCUCCACCCCCACGAGUGUGACAGGACCUUCCUCCACAGUGACCACAGAGGGGGUCUCCACCCCCACGAGUGUGACAGGACCCUCCUCCACAGUGACCACAGAGGGGGUCUCCACCCCCAUGAGUGUGACAGGACCCUCCUCCGUGGCGACCAAAGAGGACCUCCACCCCCACGAGUGUGACAGGACCUUCCUCAACAGUGACCACAGAGGGGGUCUCCACCCCCACGAGUGUGACAGGACCUUCCUCCACAGUGACACAGAGGGGGUCUCCAGCCCCACGAGUGUGACAGGAUCCGCCUCCGUGGUGACCACCGAGAGGAUGUCCAUCUCUAGUCCGUCUCCCUUCCCAGGGUCCUCACCCAUGACCACCAAGCCAGACUUGUCCAGUAUCUCAGCCUCCCCCUUAUUGACUACUCCUGUGUCUCCACUCACUACCCCGUCCUCGUCCUCAGAGACCUCUGGCAGCCUGGUGCCCUCCGUUGUUCCCGCAACCUCGCCUAGCCCCACCACACCCUGCCUUUGCCACGCCUUUGGGAAGUUCUUCCUACCUGGGGACAUUGUCUACAACAAGACAGACGGGGCAGGCUGCCCCUUCUUAGCCAUCUGUAACCAGCGCUGUGAACUUGACCGCUUCCAGGGCGCCUGCACCACCUCCUCACCCACAGGGACCUCAGCCUCUGUGCCCCCAACCACCCCAGUUAGCGGCUGUGAUCGCACAGUCCCUCCUCGAAAGGUGAAUGAGUCCUGGUUCCUGGAGGACUGCACGGUGGCCCGUUGUGAAGGUGACAACCGUGUCACCCUGCUGGGGCCACGGCCGAUGAGCAGCAUCACGUGCGUGAACGGGCACCUGCCCGUGAAGGUGCAGAAUCAGAGCCACCACUGUGCCUACCGCUACGAGUGCGAGUGCGUCUGCAGCGGCUGGGGGAGUAGCCACUAUGAGACCUUCGACGGCACCUCCUACACCUUCCGGGACAACUGCACCUACGUCCUCGUGCGCGAGAUCCAGUCACGCCACGGCAACUUCCGCGUCCUGCUGCACAACCGCUUCUGCGAGGCCGCCGCCCACUGCCCCCGUGCCCUGAGCACCCACUACCAGUCCACGGACGUCGUCCUCUCCACCACCACCAGCGCCGAUGGGCAGGAGGAAAGCCUGAUCCUGUUGGACCAAACUCGGGUGAGGCAGAGCUUCAGCAAGAACGGCGUGGCCGUGACCCUGACCGGGGCCACCGGGAUGCGCGUCGAUAUUCCCGCCAUCGGUGUCAGCAUCACCUUCAACGGGAGGGUCUUCCAGGCCCGGCUCUCGUACAGCCACUUCCGUCACAACACUGAGGGCCAGUGCGGCACCUGCACCAACAACCGCAGGGAUGAAUGUCGCCGGCCGGAUGGCACCAUGGCCCGCACCUGCCGGGACAUGGCCCGGUCCUGGCUGGUCUCCGACAGCAGCGGGGAGGGCUGCGGAGAGCCCACCAGCCUGCCCCCAACCACCAGCCCCCUCUUGCCGGGAACCAGCACGCCCGCCAUCCACCCAUCAUGCCCCCCAGAGCCCCUCUGCGAGCUGAUGCUGAGCUCGGUCUUCGCCGGGUGCCACAGCCUCAUCCCGCCUGGCCCGUACUUCAAUGCCUGUGUCAGUGACAGCUGCUGGCCUGGCCACGGCCGCAAGGUGCUCUGCCAGAGCCUGGAGACCUACGCAGAGCUCUGCCGCUCCCGGGGCGUCUGCGCCGACUGGCGCAAUGCCACCCACGGGCUGUGUGACCUAGCCUGCCCGCCCGCCAAGGUGUACAAGUCUUGCGGCCCUGUGCAGCCAGAGUCCUGCGACUCCAGGGGCCAGAGUCUGCAGAGCGUGGGGCUGGCAGAGGGCUGCUUCUGUCCCGACGGCCACAUCCUCUUCAAUUCCCACAGGGACAUCUGUGUGCCCGAGUGCUCCUGUGUGGGACCGGAUGGGCUUCCCAAAGUCCCUGGAGAACGGUGGGUCAGCAACUGCCAGAACUGCGUGUGUGACAAGGGCACCGUGUCAGUGCAGUGCGUGCCCAUGGAGUGCCCGGCCCCAGACCAGCCACAGGAAUGCAGCCGGGCCGGCUUCGUGGCCGUGAGCAGGCCUCUGGCGGACAACCCAUGCUGCGUGGAGAAUCUGUGUGUCUGCAAUGCGAGCACAUGCCCCCAGAGCCCCCCUGCAUGUAGGCGGGGAGAGAAGCUUGUCCGCACCCAGGUGGAGGGUGACUGUUGCCCCACCUUCAUCUGCGAGCCUCUGCUGUGCAGCUUCAAUGGCACGUUCUACGGGGUUGGUGCGACCAUCCCAGGGGUCACUCCGUGCCACACGUGCACCUGUCUGUCCAUAGACAGUGAGGACCCGACCGUGUGGUGUGAGGAGGAGGCCUGCAACACCACCUGCCUCCAGGGCUUUGAGUACUCCACGGUGGCCGGGCAAUGCUGUGGGAAGUGCGUGCAGACCUCCUGCCUUGCACCAGAUGGUCAGCUGGUCCAGUUCAACGAGACCUGGAUCAACAGCCUUGUGGACAACUGCACGGAGUACCACUGCCAGGCCAGGGACGGACCCCCUAUGCUGACCCCAACGCCUGUGGUCUGCCCCGACGUCCACGCCAACAUGACGGUCCUGCGACACCGGGGCUGCGUCACCCAGACUGCCGUCAAGGUCUCCUUCUGCGAGGGCUCUUGCCCGCAAGUGUCCCGGUGAGCCGCCCCUGGAGCCGGCCACUGUCUCCAGACCUCUGAGAGGCCAGGAGCCGGGUACUCCAUGGAGACACAGGCCAGGCAGUGCAGCUGCAGCUGCUGCCAGGAGACCAGGACCCACCAGGAGGUGGUGACGAUGCAGUGCCCCGACGGGACGGCCUUCCAGCACACCUACACCCACGUGGACGAGUGCAGCUGCGUCCCAGCCUGCGCGCACCCCCCCAACCACAGAAACCACGGGCGCCCACGCACGCCUUCCAUGGGUACUGCUGCCCCCGCCCUCUUUGCACUUGCCCUGGUGAAACCCGGGCCCUGCAGGGUGAUAAGCGCAAGGCGGCGACGCUGUGGAGAAAACCGCACCCGCCUGCUCUCGGGCCCCACGGCGGCCUCCGUGCCCCUCGAAGGCCCCGGGGCACAGACCCCCACUGGCUACCUCCUACAGCGAACCACAGACUGA